GUUUUAGGAAAUACGUCAUAGUUGUGCGUCCCAGGACUUUACCAACUGCGUACUCGGGCCGCUGGUGGAAACAAAUUUUAUACUAUUUUAAGAGUAUUUUCUUACAUUGUUGGUGUUUUGAGAAGAAUUUUCAGCCAUGGCGAUGCAAGCAGCUAAAAGAGCGAAUAUCCGCUUACCUCCGGAGGUGAACAGGAUUCUGUACAUAAGGAACCUUCCCUACAAGAUCACAGCAGAAGAAAUGUACGAUAUCUUCGGGAAGUAUGGACCGAUCCGGCAGAUCAGGGUUGGGAACACUCCAGAGACCAGGGGAACUGCGUAUGUAGUCUACGAGGACAUCUUUGACGCUAAGAACGCCUGCGACCACCUUUCUGGAUUCAACGUUUGCAACAGAUACCUGGUCGUUUUGUACUACAAUGCUAACAGAGCUUUCCAGAAAAUGGACACAAAGAAGAAAGAAGAGCAGCUGAAACUACUCAAGGAGAAAUAUGGAAUAAAUACAGAUCCCCCGAAGUAACACGCUGGUUUUCUCUCUGCUCCCCAACUGACCUUUUUUUUUUUUACACAAUAGUAAAAAUAAACCCCAAUUUUUUUUUUUUGUACAGUUAAUUUACCUUCACUUUUAUGUAUUAAACAUUGAGCUGUUAAGACUUUA